GCACUGGAGACUGUCCUGGGCAUGGGGGUGCCUGGCCAGCCUGGCCCAGAUCUCAGUGUCAGCCUGACCCUGGGCCUAUAUCUCCUGCAGGAAACGCUGGAGACCUGGGAGGAGCGGCUGCUGAGGUUUUUCUCAGUGUCUCCCCAGGCCGUGUACACGGCCAUGCUGGACAACAGCUUCGAGAGGCUCCUGCUCCAUGCUGUCUGCCAGUACAUGGACCUCAUCUCAGCCAGUAAGUGCCCGGCAGCUCUGGGACCCUCCCAGUGAGCCAGUUCUGCCCAU